UAUAUUAAAUCUAUCGAUUUAUGAGCUCUUUACACAUGAAAUGUAAAGCUGUAAAGUAAAAUGUUCCCAUACACUCCAGGUUCGUACAACAAGUGAUAGUACUACGUACUGAAAGGACGCAUACGCAUUUUCUUUUUUUAUUAUACAGAUGGAGACGUCAUUUUUGAGAUCGUUGGUUGUUUUCCUUGUUUGGACGUUAACAUCAUUUGCUUGUCAUUUUUGUGCCAAGCUGUUCUUAAAGGAGACUGCGCAUUUCACGGCUGGAUUUAGUGUGACUGUUCUUACAGGAAUGCAAAUAAUAUUUUGCUUGGCAUUUACAAAAGUUUCUGAUAAAAGUGAUACAGAAGUGACGACGAACAAGUAUGUCAUUUUUGCCGCGCACGCAUGUGCAACAUUGGCAACAAACUGGAGCAUGUCUUUCACGUACGCAGCGUCUACAUUUGCCAUCAAACUCAUGGAACCUUUAACCAGUGCUCUAUUACAAAGAUUUCUUCUUGGUGUUAGAUUAUCAUACUUACAAUGGAUGAGUAUUCCAGCUGUUGUUUAUGGUGCCAUUGUAUUCGCUGCAGAUGAUAAAACUCGUCAUUUUAACGUAUCCAAUGGUGUUAUUUUGGCGUUCAUAUCGAAUAUAUGUUUGUCUUUUAGAAAUGUUUAUAUGAAAAAGAAUCAUUUAUCGAAAUCUCAAUUCUGUAUUUACAGCUUAAGACUUAGUUUAAGCGUACUUGUUUCCUCAACAAUUACAGCAAUUUUGGUGGCGAAUUAUCUAGUAUAUGUUAAAAUUGUUCCUUCAGGAAGUCUUUAUAUAUAUAGUCUACUCAUCGGCUCCUCUCUGUUCCAUGUAAGUUACUCAUAUAUAUCGACCAUAGUAGUGUUGAAACAUUGCUCCGUUGUGGGCCAUGCAUUUGGAAACAUCUUUAAAAGGUUUUCAGUCAUAGGCUUUCUGUACAUGGCAGGAUCUAGGACUGCUUCUACAUCGAAUUUCAUCGGACUUUUCAUUUGUGUAACAGGUCUGGCGGUAUAUACUUUGUCCAAAAGAAAUGAAACUGAAAUAUGCGCAGCCAAUAUGGAUUUAGAGACAAAAUAUAGAAAUACAGUGAGGAACAAGCUUUUCAUCAUAUGCAUAUCUGCUGCUAAUAUAGUCAUGGUGUUCCUGGCAAACUAUGGAAAAAAUGGCUCUUCUUUAGCUUAUAAUAUGAAUUCAAUUACAUAUAGCCGUAAGUUAUCUCUUUCAAAACGACUCGACUUUAGCAUCGGAGAUUUCUUUUCAACAGAUCUUGUUCAAAAUCCGGAGGAAGCAAAUAAGCUCUCCCCUUUACUUACAACAAGGCCGGAUGUUAUCGAAGAAGCUCAAAGAAUACAUAACAACAUAUUCAAGUCCUUGUUGGGCAGAUAUAAAUAUGCAAUGCUUUUCAAUUAUUCUCCGUCUGAAAAUAAAGGCGAUUCAGCUAUAGUUGUUGGAGAAGUUAUCCUCUUACGGAAACUAAAUAUAAAUGUCGUUUUUGCAUGUGAAUCCCGUUGCACGAAAAAACAUUUAGAUAAAGCGCAAGUAUUGAGCAGGAAAUAUACGGAUAAUGAACUUAUAAUUCUUUUACAUGGUGGUGGGAAUGUUAUAGGUUUUCAACGUGCUGAUUACAUGCGUUCAGAUGUGAUUCCACGUUUCCUGCGAUUCAAUAUUAUCAUGUUUCCUCAAAGUAUUUUAUAUUUUAAUCAACACUCCCAUCUCAAUUUUUGCAAGAAACUGUAUGCAAUGCACGCUAAUUUAACGUUCAUAUGGAGAGAUGAAAACUCGUACAUACUUGGAAAAAAUUUUUUCCCUAAAGUGCGUUCUUUAUUGUCGCCAGAUAUGGCUUACCAGAUUGGAUUUACACCUCGAUUCAUGCAACCAAUUUAUGAUAUACUUUGGAUCAAACGCGAGGAUGCGGAAUCACCAGUAUAUGAAACACCUGAAGCCCCGAUAAACUUACGUAUGCACGUUUCUGAUUGGUUAAAUUGGAAAACACCGAGAGGCCUUUCGCCAAUGGAGGAUACGUUUCUUAUGACAACAAACGGCAUGAUGUUUCUGCAGCGAGGACGAAUAGUGAUUACAGAUCGCCUUCAUGGGCAUAUUCUAUCAACUCUCCUCGCCAUUCCACAUGUUUAUAUAGACAACAAACAGCGAAAAAUUUCUAACUACCACAACACUUGGACAGCUGGGUUGGAAAAUGUAAUUUUGGCGAAUUCUAGCUUGGAUGCUGUCGCAAAAGCAAGACAAUUGCUGAUAAAGCUUGAUAAAGAUUUGCCUGAAAUAGAAGGGUUUUAUACAAAUUCAAAUUGAUGAAUUUAAAAUCAAUUAUAUCCUGUGUAACAGUUAUUUAUCAUUAAGAACAAGUUACAGCCAUGUUUUAAACAUAAAUCCGCCCCGUCUCGACGGGCUGGUAUUACGAUAGAAAUUUUCAAUUUACUUAACGAAAAUGACCGAAUCUUUCGAAUCCCAUGAAGGAUUUGUACCUUGUUUUCUGCACGAGCACUUGCAUUGGAAUACUAAGAAGCAUCUGUUGCAAUACAUGGACCCUACGUAACUCUUUCUAAGGCGCUUUAAUUGUUAAAGCUGUUUCGGUCAAUGGUUGUCGUUAUGAUAUCCGGCCAAUAUUAUAGUCUCAGUUACCUUUUAAACAUAGCUUAAAUAUACAUAUUGUUCAGCAGCGGAUGUCUAACACGACAGUAGUGCUGUAUAACUGAGUGAUAACUAAUCUCAUAUGUCAAGUCUUACAAGAAAUAUUAUUUGCGUUUAACAUAGAUAUAUUCACCACGGCUAGGCAUAUGAAUUGCAUAAUAAGACGGAGAUAUUCUAUAUUAUCAUUUAUAUAAACACUAAACUUUAUUUUGUAGCGUGUUAUAUUUUUCUCAUUUCUAAACGACCUUAGCACUGCAUACACAUAGAUACACACUUAAAAUUUUAUUUUAACGCAAUGGGUAGUAUUAUAUUGUACAAUAUAUUAAUUUCUUAAAAAAAAAUCUUAUUAAAUUUCUACCAUUUAUAUAUAUAUGUAUAUAUAUUUAUUUUAUACAUGAAUCGGGCAAAAAUAGACUUAAGAUCACCAUGUAAUACGUAUGGAAAUAAAGUAUAAACAAUGAGAAAGUAUUCCGUGUUUUUAUCCUGAAAUUUAUUCAGUGGUUUUAUAGCCACAUAAGAUUUCAUAAUGGUUAGACUUUGAAACAAAUUAUCUGUCUUUCCAUAUUUCUAUCCAUCCAUCUGGCCAUCUAAUGGUCGAUCAGUUUUAUUCAAAAGAAUAUUCCUCAAGCCAAUUCUAAAU